GCAGCAGCAGUGCAGCGCUGACCAGGAACCCAAUUGGAAGUUUGAGCUACGACUUCAUAGUCCAAUUUGGCCAAGGAUUAUCAAUAAUACACCCACAACACUAGAACCAACUCCAGCACCAAUUCCCACCCACAACAACAUGUUCUUCAAGCUGCUCUUCGCUACCUUUAUGGCUCUGGCUGUGGCCAAGCCCCAGCACCAACCUGCUGCCCAGUAUCCGGCUGGCGUCAAUCCCCAGGACUGCCCCAACUUCCCCAUCUGUGAUAAUGCGCGUCUGCACAAUCCCCAGCCACAGUGGGGUGCCCCACAGCCUCAGUGGCAGCAGCCGCAGCCACAGUGGAACCCCCAGCCGCAGCCACAAUGGCAGCAGCCGCAACAACAGUGGAAUCCCCAGCCUCAGCCCCAAUGGCAGCCACAGCCCUCGUGGAACGCUGCACCAGCUCCUGCCGCUGGUGGUGAUAAGUAUCCCGCUGGCAUCAAUCCCCAGACCUGCCCCAACUAUCCUUACUGCGAUGUGAAUGCCGGACAUGCUGGUGCCCCAGUUGCUGCCCCACCACUGCCCGGCUGGACGGAGCGUCUGUAUCCCGCCGGAGUCUCGCCACACCAGUGCCCCAACUUCCCGUACUGCAACUAAAGCGGUUCUCUUGCGGCUAACCCCGCAGCUUCCUCUAACGCUUCGCCUUUCCCCGCAGUUCUCAAUUAGUUGACAUUAAUUUGAAAUUCUUUGUUGUUGGCGCCGAAAUAAAUGCAAAAUGUUGGUCAAAAUA